AAUGCAUAAUCGGUCUGAGGAAGCAUUUUGGGGCAUAUGGAUUAAUAUGUAGAACGUAAACAUGACGCCAAGAGACCAACGUAGGUAAUCUUGACAGAAACUCGAAACGCAUAUCUCGUGAUAAUCAUCCAUUAGGUGUCAUCUAGGCGGAGAAUAUUCACGCGCAAGAUGGAUUCAGAAAACGAAUCGAUCAAACUUGUUUCCGAUGAUGCGACGGAUAGACCGCCUCAUAAACAAUACGUACCGGAAACGAACGGUCGUGACGUCGAUUCGUUGAACAAUUUAGUUGUUCAUGAGAACGAUGCGGAAUUGACUUUUAAUCAUGGGAAAAUUCAACUGCAUACCGACGUUGGUUGGAUGGGAUCAAGUGGUUGCAGUAUAAACGAAACAACUGGUCUGAAACGAAAUAGAAUUAUAGUUGUUGGUGAUAAAGGUUUUGAUAUAACGUCGCGGUUGUGUUUUAAAGACGAAUUUGACAAACAUCGCCAAGUUCUAGAGAAAGGAAUGAAAGAAGGGUCAAGGAACACCGAAAUACAAUACCAAGCUAGCAGUAGUAAAUCAAUAUGGCGAAGUUUCAUUUCUCUGUGUAUCGGGCUUUUCUUUGCAUUUAUGUCAUUCAUGCCGUUAAGAAAUAUUCAAACCAGUUUGUACCCUUGGCGCCAUUUAGGCAACUACAGUCUGGCAGCCAUGUAUCUGAGCUUCGCAAUCGGGUGUCUGUUCUCCAACUGGAUUACGCAGAACUCAAGACCGAAAGGCAUAAUUCUUGUAGCAAUAUUUGGUCACGUGAUAUUUUGUGCGGCUAACAUAUAUCCGUCCGCAUAUACCCUCAUACCGGCGUCCAGUUUCUUCGGAUUUUCUCACGCCAUAUUGUGGUCCACGCAAGAGCUCAUGAUUGCAAGCUAUGGGGCCAGCUACACCGCGAUUAGUCACAUGACCAUCAAUAAGACCAUCCAUCAAUUCCAAAGCGUAUUCCUGGUGUUCUGUCACGCGUCCCAGGUCCUUGGGAACCUUAUCGAGUCCGCAAUACUCCGUAGUGGCGACUAUGAACAAAGCCGGCCAAACAUGUCCGUUUACCUUUACCGACUAGAGAAGGACCUUUACGAGAACGGGAUCGAGAUCACGAAUAUCACGGAUAAAGUCGACACCUCGGACAAUCUGGUUUGGGUUGGCCCUUUUGGCUACAAAAUUCAGCCAGACCUGGGUCUGUCGUCCGGAGAUAAACCAAAUUACGAAACUAUCGUGAAGCUGGUGUUCAUUGCCUUCGCGGUGAUCGGAAUGACCAUUUUAUGCUUGUUUUUGAAUAAACCAGACAUAAUUGUCCACAAAAAGAAGUUGACGCUCUGUGAAAGUUUCCGUGCAAUUCGGAAGUUUCUUACCACGGGAACCUUUUACGCGCUUUUCUUACUGAUGUUAUUCUCUGGAAUGCAGCAGGCAGUUGUCAUUGGUAACGUUACCAAGCUAUACGGCAGCCUGACUCUGGGUAUAUCCAUGGUAGGCUAUAUGAUGAUGUGCUACGGAACAUGUCAGCUCAUAGUCCUGCUCGUCAUGGAAAAGGUCUACAACCAACUGAGGGCCAGUAUCGCUAUAUUCAACGCGUUCCUGAUUACACUCGGUCUACUGGUGUGGUUGUACAUAUGGGAGCCGGACUCCGACAACCUGUUCAAGGUCAUAGCCUAUGUCGCGGUGUGGGGUGCGGCCGACGGGUUGUGGCAGUCGCAAGUUCAAAACGUCCUACUGUCUUGGUCCACCGGCCGAAAGGAAGCGGCGGUGACCGUGUACCGCACCGUGCAAAGCCUCGGUCUCGCGCUCGUGUUCCUUCUCGACGUCUACGUGUCCUUGCUGAACUUGAUCUGCGUCUGCUGCGCCGUACUGGUCGUCGGCGUCAUGCUGUACCUUCUUAUGGAGGUUAUCCGGACGCCACAUCACGUCACUGAACCAUUGCCGUUCGCUCUUUAAAUACAACGGUUUGACGACAUUGGUGUAAACAUUUCAUGAGCGCAAAUUGCGCGCUCUAUGAACAUGCCAUUUAAUCUUAGUGGACGGUCAGUUGGAACUUUUUAAGUUAAAAAUUCAUUAUUGAGUGCUGACGUUAUCAUGUAAAAUAUGAUCAUAAGC